GGCGCGGGACGCGAGUGGGGCGGGAGGAUGGGGAGGAGGUGCGCGCAGCUACAGAGGGCAUUUGUCCGAACACCAGCUUUGGCACCAGCGGGGAGUUGGCUCCCAAGCUGCCAGGCUCCUCGUUCGUGGACUUGAAGGGAGACUCGCAUAGUUUGGGGAGCCGUGGACUUGUCCGCGGAAAUCAAUGUGCUGGAAGUUUGCUCUUAGUGCGAAAUUGAGUGUGGCCUUUGGAAACGGAGACUCCCAAGUCCUGUGUCUACGAGGGGUCCGGACGCUACCCACCAAGUGACAGGGAGAGAGAAAGUACUCCAGUUUGUGUGUUGCUUGGGAACCGUGUCACCGUGGCUGGCCAGGGUGCCAGUGUUUCCUGGGUAUUGUUGAGUAAAGAGAGGGGUGGGGAAGAGUGUCCUGUUACUAAUUUGUGUGAAAUUUCUGGUCUGAUAUAUGCCGCGCUUGUGUAUGUGAGUGUGUCAGAGACAAACAGACGGAGAGAAUAUGUAGAGAGUACAGUUAUGAAGCUGUGAAGUAACGAGGUGGGUAAAAUAUCCAGCACAGGCAUAUUUCUCAGGGGCCGUGGGGGUCAAGAGUCUAAUGUCUUUCCACUUUUUCUGGUUAGCCUCCUUCCCCCAUGAAGCAAGAUUGGGGGGGGGGAGGGCGGCGGCAAGGGAAACAGAAGGUGUAGAUGUUUGACUUUCUUUUUCAUUGUUAAUAAGAUCAUCUAUGCUCUAGAAUGCCUUCCAAGUAGGAACAUGUGAAAAUUACUAGGAUACAAGAAUGCCUUGUUCCAGCAAGCCGGCAGACCAGGGCAGGCUGUAUAGGGGAGGUGUUCAGUUUGGUGUGUAGAAAAGCCCUUCUAGCAGGGGUGCCAACACCCGAUAAGCAACAUCGUGCUCCCCCUGCAAUUGACCUAAGAUGCUUCUGGAAAAGUAGGGUCUGCUCUUCCCACCCCUUGGCCAUUAAAGAUGUUGAAAGAUAAGUUUCUCGGAAAACUAGGUGCCAGUUCACCUGUUUCCCCAGUCUCAGUGCUCUGUCAAAAGCACGUUCAGAUUACCUUCAGGCUGCCCAGGCCUUGCUCACUAACGUUUUGUAACUCAUAGGGGUGGAGGAAGAGGUUUCCUUAUUUUAUACUCUUGACCUCUACUUUCUUCCCCACUCCCCAAAGAAAAGCCAGUUUCACCACGGGGAAAAGAAAAAAUCAGGGAAGGUUCCAAGGCUGUGUUUUAUUAAACUCUAGUUUCCUCUUUUGGGGGGCCAGAAUUAAACUGAAAUGGAAAUGACACUCCCCCACCCCCAUACACCCUACCAAAGGGGCCAAUAUAUUACCUCCUAAGAAUUAAAUAAGUACAUGAGAUGCCUUUGAUUCUCCAGAACCCUCUCUCUGCAAGGACUUACACAGUGCAACGGGUGGCAUGUUCUGUUGUUUUCUGCCACCUCUUUCACACCUUCCUUUUCACUGCUAGGUUUCCAAUGAAACAGUCGCGGGAGGCAUAGAAGGGCCUGCCCAGUGAGUCUACAGAUGCUGGGCUGACUCUGUCCGGAAAGGCACCCUGAAGCUGUCUGUGUCUGUAUUUCAGGGAGGAGAUCUGACAGGCUGGGCUCUCCAGUGCUUUUCUAAAAAUCUUGGAAACUUUAUCCUUCAUUGCUUUACGACACUGUCCACCUUUAAGUUCCUUGAAAACGCCUGUGCCUGUAACUCGGCUGAAGCCAUGCCUUGUGUUCAGGCGCAGUAUGGGUCCUCGCCUCAAGGAGCCAGCCCCGCUUCUCAGAGCUACAGUUACCACUCUUCGGGAGAAUACAGCUCCGAUUUCUUAACGCCAGAGUUUGUCAAGUUUAGCAUGGACCUCACCAACACUGAAAUCACUGCCACCACUUCUCUCCCCAGCUUCAGUACCUUUAUGGACAACUACAGCACAGGCUACGACGUCAAGCCACCUUGCUUGUACCAAACGCCCCUGCCCGGACAGCAGGCGUCCAUUAAGGUAGAAGACAUUCAGAUGCACAGCUACCAGCAGCACAGCCACCUGCCCCCCCAGUCCGAGGAGAUGAUGCCGCACUCCGGGUCGGUUUACUACAAGCCCUCCUCGCCCCCGACGUCCGCCACCCCGGGCUUCCAGGUGCAGCACAGCCCGAUGUGGGACGACCCGGGCUCCCUCCACAACUUCCACCAGAACUACGUGGCCACCACGCACAUGAUCGAGCAGAGGAAAACGCCCGUCUCCCGCCUCUCCCUCUUCUCCUUUAAGCAGUCGCCCCCCGGCACCCCUGUGUCGAGCUGCCAGAUGCGCUUCGACGGGCCCUUGCACGUCCCCAUGAACCCGGAGCCGGCGGGCAGCCACCACGUUGUAGACGGGCAGACCUUCGCCGUGCCCAACCCCAUCCGAGCCUCGCGGGGCUCCCCCUCCAACGAGGGGCUGUGCGCGGUGUGUGGCGACAACGCGGCCUGCCAGCACUACGGCGUGCGCACCUGUGAGGGCUGCAAGGGGUUCUUUAAGCGCACGGUGCAAAAGAACGCAAAGUACGUGUGUUUAGCAAAUAAAAACUGCCCAGUGGACAAGCGGCGCAGGAAUCGCUGUCAGUACUGCCGGUUCCAGAAGUGCCUGGCUGUGGGGAUGGUCAAAGAAGUGGUUCGCACGGACAGUUUAAAAGGCCGCCGAGGUCGUUUACCUUCCAAACCGAAGAGCCCACAGGAGCCCUCUCCCCCCUCGCCCCCGGUGAGUCUGAUCAGUGCCCUCGUCAGGGCCCAUGUCGACUCCAACCCGGCUAUGACCAGCCUGGACUAUUCCAGGUUCCAGGCGAACCCUGACUAUCAGAUGAGUGGAGAUGACACCCAGCAUAUCCAACAAUUCUAUGAUCUCCUGACUGGCUCCAUGGAGAUCAUCAGGGGCUGGGCCGAGAAGAUUCCGGGCUUUGCUGACCUGCCCAAAGCUGACCAGGACCUGCUUUUUGAAUCGGCUUUCUUAGAACUAUUUGUGCUGCGAUUAGCAUACAGGUCCAACCCAGUGGAGGGUAAACUCAUCUUUUGCAAUGGGGUGGUCUUGCACAGGUUGCAAUGCGUUCGUGGCUUUGGGGAAUGGAUUGAUUCCAUUGUUGAAUUCUCCUCCAACUUGCAGAACAUGAACAUCGACAUUUCUGCUUUCUCCUGCAUUGCUGCCCUGGCUAUGGUCACAGAGAGACAUGGGCUCAAGGAACCCAAGAGAGUGGAAGAACUACAAAACAAGAUUGUCAAUUGUCUCAAAGACCACGUGACUUUCAAUAAUGGGGGUUUGAACCGCCCCAACUAUUUGUCCAAACUGUUGGGGAAGCUCCCAGAACUCCGUACUCUUUGCACACAGGGUCUACAGCGCAUUUUCUACCUGAAACUGGAAGACUUGGUACCACCGCCAGCAAUAAUUGACAAACUUUUUCUGGAUACUUUACCUUUCUAGACCUCCUCCCAUGCACUUCAAAGGAACUGGAAAGAACACCUAAAACUGUCCAGAGGGGGCAAGUCACAAGGGCAGAGAUAACCCCUUGAGCUGUCUCAGCUCUAGCCAUCCCACCCCUUCCAUAAACCCCCAGCCCCUUGACCCUUAAAGGAAAACAAAAAAAAAAAACCACAAAACCAGAAAACAAAAACUGUUGCUAUUUCCUAACCUGCAGGCAGAACCUGAAAGGGCAUUUUGGCUCGGGGCAUCCUGAAUUUAGAACAUGGACUACACACAAUGCAGUGGUAUAAACUUUUUAUUAUCAGUUUAAAAAUCAGUUAAAUGUUCAGGAGAAAGAUUCCUAAUGUAUGAUGGGAAAUGUUUGGCCACAUUUGGUUGUUGCAGUUAAGAGAAAUGUUACACACACACACACACACACACACACACACACAUCGUAAGGGGACCCAUAAGUAUUGCCCUUUAAAAGACUUCAAAGUUUUCUGCUGUAAAGAAAGCUGUAAUAUAUAGUAAAACUAAAUGUUACGUGGGUGGCAUGAGUUGAAGAAGGCAAAGGCUUGUAAAUUUACCCAAUGCAGUUUGGCUUUUUAAAUUAUUUUGUGCCUAUUUAUGAAUAAAUAUUACAAAUUCUAAAAGAUAAGUGUGUUUGCAAAAAAAAAAUAAAAAUAUAACUACACAAAAAAGGGACCAGCAUGUUGAUUCUAGGUUGAAAUGUUAUAGGCACUUGCUACUUCAGUAAUGUCUAUAUUAUAUAAAUAGUAUUUCAGACACUAUGUAGUCUGUUAGAUUUUAUAAAGAUUGGUAGUUAUCUGAGCUUAAACAUUUUCUCAAUUGUAAAAUAGGUGGGCACAAGUACUACACAUCAGAAAAUCCUGACAAAAGGGACACAUAGUGUUUGUAACACCGUCCAACAUUCCUUGUUUGUAAGUGUUGUAUGUACCGUUGAUGUUGAUAAAAGAAAGUUUAUAUCUUGAUUAUUUUGUUGUCUAAAGCUAAACAAAACUUGCAUGCAGCAGCUUUUGACUGUUUCCAGAGUGCUUAUAAUACACAUAACUCCCUGGAAAUUACUGAGCACUUUGAAUUUUUUUGUUUUUUUUUAAUGUCUAAAAUUGUCAGUUAAUAUAUUAUUUUAUGUUUGAGUAAGAAUUUUAAUAUUGCCAUUUUCUGUAGUAUUUUUCUUUGUAUAUUUCUAGUAUGGCACAUGAUAUGAGUCACUGCCUUUUUUUCUAUGGUGUAUGACAGUUAGAGACACUGAUUUUUUUUUCUGAUAAAUUCUUUCUUUGAGAAAGACAAUUUUAAUGUUUACAACAAUAAACUAUGUAAAUGAACA